AUGAUUGAGCACAAGACGCGCUUUGCGACUACGAGACCCACCACCGCACCCAUUCCUAUUGGUUGCCGGAACUUUGUCGAGUCUGGUGGAUUGGGUGGAUCCCCGUUAUUCUCUUCUCCUCAAGGCAUCUCUUCACCCACCGAUUGCGCAAUCACUCCGCCCGGUGUACUCACAAAGUUCGAUAUACUCAAAACGACAACGAGAAUGGUGAGUGAAAGCAGUUCUCAUCAAGCAGCACCCACACCAAGGGUUUUCCCUCCAAUUCGGACAAACUCCACCCUAGCGCAUUCACCGACAACAUCAUCACCGUCACCGAUACGAACUCCGCAAAGCUCAUUUCCUCGAAUGUGUUGUCAAAGAGGAGAAGCCAGGAACAAAUUGUUUUGCAAAACAUGCACAAUGCAGAAAUUAUCAUUCUUGGCAAGGAAAGCGAAAAUCCUGGAACGGCUUCAAAUAAAGAAAGAGUUGCUGGCAAAGGCGGAGGGAUUGAUCAACAAAGUGUAUGGUGAUGAUUUAAAAGUCGAGGAAAUCGAGGCACGAGUGCAAUCGCUGAAGACGCAAAGAGAUGCGAUGAAAGCCAAUAUUUUGGAACGACGAAAAGAGACCGAGAACAUUCGAGCCGUUUACACGCGACGUGUUGGGAAUCUUUGUGACAAGAUUGAGGCUAAAUCGCCAAGUCUUGAGAACGCUGUGGUUAGACGGGAUCGUACCGAAGCCUCUCAAAACAAUGAGAUCGCUACAGGAAGAGCAAAAUUGGCAAGACUUCGACGCGAGUUGAUGUUGCCCCUAUUCUGCAUCUUUCCCGUUUGCGAAGUGAAACCGAUCAUGAACACUUCGUCAGACUCAAAGCCGUCAAAUGCCGAUGCUUGGGCAGUUCUUCAAGAUAUGCUCCCAAAUGGCGCUCAUGAUGCACCGAUCUAUCAGGUCCGUGACGCGAUGUGUUGUCUUGAGUCUCAAGUCUGUCGCUCAGAUCUCUCAGAAGCAAUCGAAAAGGGCACACUUUCGUUGCCAAAACAAUUCCAGACGCAAUUGGCAGCUUUCAUGUUCACUGUUCAAUUGGUGACCCUUCUUGCUCAAGUCAAUGACAUUGUACUGCCACAUUCGAUGAGCAUGCGAGACAUUUGCGUAUGGGAGCGUUGGUCGCCGGAUCUCCUGGAAACAGAUUGGUUCAAAUUGUGCCAUUGUGUCUACACAAUUUGCUUAGCUUAUCAGAUGAAACCACCGGAGAUUCAAUUCCUUUCCCCUCAUCACAAUUUGAUCCAGCUGGCGCUGAAGGUUUUGAAUGGACCAGUUGAGACGAUUUCCCCACAAAAUCUUGAUCAAAAGGAAAUCACCGCUGCAAAGGAGAGACUCCGUUGGCGAGAAAGGGAUCACUUGGCUGAAUGGGACACAUUAGACGAUGUUGACGAUGAGGCGUUU